GAAUGGACUCUGAAGCCCAAGUGCUCAGAAACGAAAUGAAUUGGGGAGAAUUGGGUGAGGGGCCGAGCCCCCAGGCCGCAGGUGGUGGGUGGACGAUGACAAGUUCAAGGCUCAACGUUCCCCUCUCGGGACAGGGCCGCAGCCUCCGGAGCGCUCUCCUACACCCAGGUACCCAGAGCGCAGAGCGGGGUCCACCGGAGACCCCGGCCCCGCGGCCGCCGCCAGGGCUUCCCGCUGAGCGCCCGCGGCCCCACGGGAGCAGAGACGAGGAGGCCCUCCCUGAAGCCAGCCCUUACCACAGCAGCUCCUGCGAGAUCCGCGCCUGCCGCAACCUCUGCCUUGGAGAAUCCCUCCUUUCUGCAGCGCUGAAACAGCCGUGGCACUUUAAUCAGGGCCCGCGCCGUCCCGCCCCCGGCCUCUGA